UGCAUACGUCUAGGCCUCGGCUUCGUUCAGCGCUCCAUUCUGUGUUUUCAUUUUUCAUUCAUAUACAAUUUUAUCCUUUUGCGUAAUAUGAACAUAGGAUUGAGGAAUUCCAAACUAAUUUAUGCGUUUUCCAAAGCAUAUAUUCCACAUGCCCAGUUAAGAUCAUUAUCUUUGGCCAGUAUUAAUUGUGGUGGCGGUGGUGCUAAAGUUAACGAAAAGCCGGAAUGUGUAAACAACAAUGGUGGUGGCAGUGUCGUCGGUGACCAUGUAAAGUUGUGGUGGUCAUUGAACCAUAGAAAAUAUUCGAAUAUAUCAUCCAAGGAAACCCGCGAAAAGGAAGAACGCCUUAAUAAGGAUGGCGGGGAGGAUGACAAUACACCGGAGCCCAAGGGAAAACGUACCUUACCACGAUUAAUGGAUUUUCCAGAAAUUAUGUGGCCAUCACUGUUAAAUUCCAUGAAAAAUUGGAUAAUGGUACAUUUCAUUAUACGGCCGUACAUGGAUCGCGAAUUCAAUAUACGAGAUUUUGCUGUGGGAGCCAAAAAGGCAAUGCAGGUAGUUUCCUCCAAGCUCAUGAACGGCGACUUUGCUCAUUUAACUAAUUUAGUCUCAUCCGAUGCCCUUAAUGAACUUAAGCCUGUGAUCCAGAAAUUGUCCAUGUCCCAGAGAAGGCAAUUGGAAGUAAAAGAAAGCGAUAUCUACCUCACUUUUCCCUAUCAGAUUGGCAUUAUGUUCGACGAAGACAAUAAGGAUGCUCAAAAACGUUGGGUAGAAAUAACCAUGGUCUUCCAUGUAUUACGUGGCCUCAGAGAGAUGAGAGAAUCGGGCGAAGAGAUACCUUGGAAUAUGGGCACAAUGCCCGAGUAUCAAGACAAAGUUUUCGUAUGCAACUAUCGCUUUGUCAAGGAGUUCACCAAAGGCAAUGAAUCCGACUGGACGGUUAACAUAGUGAAUCAUUUUAAGCCCAUAGAUUUGGUCAAUGAAAUGAAGCGACACUGAUUGCAGCAAGAAGGUCGUCAAGGGACUUCUAAUGAUGUCAUUUGAAUUUUGUUUUCUCUCAUUUAAAGUUUUUGUUUGAUAAUAAAGUUGUUAAUUUGAAAGAAUAAUAAAGGC